GACCCGCGCGCCCGCAUCCACAGCCGGUCUUGACAAGCUAGCCAAUCGCGGGAAGCUUCGGCAGCCGACCUCCCGCUCCUCAAUGAGGGGGGCCCCCUCCGCCAGCCAAUCGCCUUGGAGGAGGGCGGGGUUUAGAGCGAGCUGGGACCUCCCGCCCCUCCUCCUCCUUCCCUCACGGCCCAACGGAUUUGGUUUUGGUUUCCCUCCCGGCUAUGGGCGGAGCUAGGAGCCGCCUCGCGCCCUGCUCCCUCCGUUCCCCCGGCCCCGCCCUCACGAUGCUCAGCUAUAAAAAGGGCGGUGCGCUGCUGAGGCUGAGGUAGUCUUAUCAUGAGGCUCCCGGCGAUACUUGGGUUGUUGUUGGAGGCUGUGUGCCUGGUUUCAGGGGGCGUCGUCGUCCCCGGACCCGCUUCUCUCCACACGGCGUCCCGCCCCGACCCCGGCCUCCUCUAUGACUCCCGCACUUACCGCACCUGCUAUGUGACCCAGAAGGUAAGGCGGGGAAGAGCGGGUUCGCCUCAGCGGAGGGGAAAAAGCUGAUAGGCAUAUAUCUAAAAGUAGUCAUUGGCAAAGGGGUCCUCGCUUCAGGUGGGGCAAGUGUCCCUGUCCCCCCAGUGCAACAAAGCCACGUUUCAAUUUGGAAAGCGACAGGAAAGAAGGACAAAAGUUUACAGUUGUUGUUGUUGUUAUUGUUGUUCAGUCGUUUAGUCGUGUCCGACUCUUCGUGACCCCAUGGACCAGAGCAUGCCAGGCACUCCUGUCUUCCACUGCAUCCUGCAGUUUGGUCAAACUCAUGUUUGUAGCUUCGAGAACACUGUCCAGCCAUCUCAUUUUCUGUCGUCCCCUUCUCCUUGUGCCCUCCGUCUUUCCCAACAUCAGGGUCUUUUCCAGGGAGUCUUCUCUCCUCAUGAGGUGGCCAAAGUAUUGGAGCCUCAGCUUCACGAUCUGUCCCUCCAGUGAGCACUCAGGGCUGAUUUCCUUAAGAAUGGAUAGGUAUGAUCUUCUUACAGUCCAUGGGACUCUCAAGAGUCUCCUCCAGCACCAUAAUUCAAAAGCAUCAAUUCUUCGGCGAUCAGCCUUCUUGAUGGUCUAGCUCUCACUUCCAUACAUCAUGACACAACCUUGAUGGCAGAAAGUGAGGAGGAAUUAAAGAACCUUUUAAUGAGGGUGAAAGAGGAGAGCGCAAAAUAUGAAGCUCAACAUCAAAAAAACGAAGAUCAUGGCCACUGGUCCCAUCACCUCCUGGCAGAUAGAAGGGGAAGAAAUGGAGGCAGUGAGAGAUUUUACUUUCUUGGGCUCCAUGAUCACUGCAGAUGGUGACAGCAGUCACGAAAUUAAAAGACGCCUGCUCCUUGGGAGAAAGGCGAUCGCAAACCUAGACAGCAUCUUAAAAAGCAGCGACAUCACCUUGCCAACAAAGGUCCGUAUAGUUAAGUUUACAUGCAUAUAUUUAAAAGUAAUAAUAAUACUAGCCAUAAUUUUCUUAUUAAUAGUCAUUCAUUAAUAAUAAUUAGUAACUUAUUGAUAGAUUGCUAUUGGUAAUAAAUGAACUGAUAUUAAAUCAGUGACAAUAGUUUCUGAAUAAUUUGUUAAUAAGUUUCCCAUUAACAAUAAAUUAAUGUUAAAUUAAAUAUUAAACUAUUUAAUUAAUUAUUGGUAAUUUAUUAAUAGGAAUUUACAAUAUAACUGCAGUUCAGGUGGGUCAAUGGUCCCUUCCUCCCUAGUGCAACAGAGCCACGUUUAAAAAUAAGUUUGGAAAGUGACAAGCAUUGAAAAGUGUGGGGCAAAUGAGUGAGCCAUGGGAAAACAUAUAAAUCAGGAUGGAGAUGGGUUGAAUGCUCAGUAGUGUCUAAUUGCCCCAUAAACGAAUUUGAAUAUAAGCUCAGCAAAGAUGGAAGACUCGGUGAAAAUGGGAUAUAAUCUAAGCUCUGCGACAAUGUUUGUGCAAGGAGGUCAGGAUGAGUGUGACUGGAGUGGCCCAGUGUCAAGUUAAGUAUUCUUACAUACUUAAAAAGUACUGGUACAGUGGUACCUCUGCUUACAGACGCUUCAGGUUAUAGACACUUCAGGUUACAGAGUCCACUAACCCAGAAAUAGUACUUCGGGUUGAGAACUUUGCUUCAGGAUGAGAACAGAAAUCGCGUGGCGGUGGCGCGGCGGCAGCGGGAGGCUCCAUUAGCUAAAGUUGUGCUUCAGGUUAAGAACAGUUGCAGGUUAAGAACGGACCUCCGGAACGAAUUAAGUACUUAACCCGAGGUACCACUGUACUUGCCUUUUUAAGAAGACUCCCAGAGUGACUCUCAAGGAUCAGUAAUAAGACUGCUCAUGUCUUCAAGCUCACAGUCCUAAAAAAAGAGAUACAGUACGUAAGAGGAAAAAGAUUUGGAGGGAGGAGGAAAAAUGCAUACAUACUCUUGACACCAAUGUUUCGUAUGGAAGGUGCUUAAUAAAUUUCAUUUCUGGCAGGGAGGGGGUGAAGCAAGCUUCUUGCAGCUGCUUUUCAUUGGGUGGCCAAUGGAGCCACGUCGACUUCACCCUUGUGCAACAUGUUCUUCCAGGAAAGCGGGUGGUGUAAUCUCCCAGUGGUGCUUGGUCCCUGUUUGAAUGACAGAAUGUGCUUUCUCACAACUCUUGUCACCCCAGGCUGCUGCUUUCUUACAUUAAACUUAGAUGAACUCAUGGUUAUUCUGUGACUAGACAAGUGCUCUCCAGAAACCCACAACUAGGGCACGAAAGCAAAAGCCAGCAACUGGGUUUCAGCUAACUAUGGUGUUUCUAUUUGGCUAGGAGGUGUCUUCAGUUAGCCCAGCCAAUUUUCCGUGACACAACUGCCACCCUCUGCUAAUGGAGCCUUAUGCCCUUCUGCUCUUGUGCAAACUCUGGUCUCUCCCUUCUACAGUGGUGACCCGCAAGACAAAUGCCUCGCAAGACGAAAAACUCGCUAGACGAAAGGGUUUUGCGUUUUUUGAGUCGUUCCACAAGACGAAUUUCCCUAUGGGCUUGCUUCGCAAGACGAAACGUCUUGCGAGUUCUUGCGAGUUUGUUUCCUUUUUCUUAAAGCCGCUAAGCCGCUAAUAGCCGCUAAGCCGCUAAUAGCCGUGCUUCGCAAGACGAAAAAACCGCAAGACGAAGAGACUCGCGGAACGGAUUAAUUUCGUCUUGCGAGGCACCACUGUACUUAGUCAGUUGUCUUUGUAAGUACAUAAGAGGGAUCACACCACAGGCUUACCUGGUCCGGCAUUCUGUUUUCACUGUGUCCAGUUUGAUGCACAUGGCAUAUCGUAAGCACAAUAGCACUCUCUCUCCUUGAUUUUCCCAGCAACUGGUGUUUAGAGACAGAACCAUUGUGCCUUAUUAAACUCUUUGGCUAUGAGUUUGUCUAAUUUUAACCUAUCCUGUCAUUAUUAGUUUGCAGGUUUCUUGGGCUUUUCCUAUUAACUAACAUCCUCUGGUUGUUGCUCUUAUAUACACUUGCAACCCAAUUGAACAUGUUGCAUGCUUGCUUAGAAUAAAGUCCCAGAGAAUUGUGCUGUAAACUGUUAGUUGAUCCAUAGGAGGGGGAGAUUAAAAACUCAGUGCCAAAAGCACUAAAAUUUCAUGAGUUUCAUCAAUAGCAGCCUUGUAAAGAUUGAUGAGAUUAUAAUGUAUGUGAAGUACUUUUGAACAUAAAACCCGGCUAUUGGCUAUGACUAUUAAGUGAACUUUGGAUGCCAGGUAAAAGCUUUUCUUUUCUGCCAGGUCUUACAUAUUUAAUUAUCCGUGGCCCUCAGUGGGUGGGAUGUGCCUUUUUAGAAAUAGGAAUGUGUUUUUAGCUUGUACUCUUUUAGUUCUGUGGUGGUUUUAAUGCACAUGCUAUUUUUGGUAAGUCACCUUCAGAUGCAUUUUGUAAAACAAAAGUAAUAAGUUCAUGGAAAAAAUGAAGUUGGGGGGAAUGACAGGUGGGUUAACCUGGUCAUUCGUCAAAAUUUCCCUGUAGAGUGGGACAAGAUGCUGCCCUAGAAAGAUUGAGCUCCCUGUGCAUCACUUCAACUUUUUUUGGGGGGGAGGGGAAUCACUUUUUUUCCCUCUUCCCCAUGUAUCUGGUUUUGGGCAGAUGGGUGUGGCUUGGGGAAAAUGUUCUCAUGAGCUGAAUGAGGAGGGCUGGUGGGCCACAUUUGGCCCCUUCCCCUGGGCUAAAACUCAAUAAUUUAUGUUGGGAGAUCAUGCGGAAUCUGUUUCAUGUUUAUCUUCGUGGAAAUCACAUGCCACCGGAAAAUGAGGAUGUGAUUUGGAGAAGUCAUUGGGACAGCACAUAACUUGAAACUUGGUAUUUAAAUGCAUUCUGCUUGCCUUGAGACAAUCAGUGUAGUGAACUCUCCCAUGAUUGAUUAUUAAGGUAUGACUCUUGUCAGUAUGGAAGUCUGUUUAUUUAACUAGUUUGAGGUGCUGAGAUUGGAGUGAUCAAACUGAUCAGAGGGUCAGGAGAAAGCUUGAAUUACGACUUGUUCUUUUAUCUUUGAAUGAAGCAGCACAAAGCCCCAAGCUAUUGUAGCUGUGCCACAGGGUAGGCAGUUGCGUGGCAGAAUACCAGAUGAUCACCUGACUGAAGAGAGUUAAUGUGUAAAUCACAUAUAAAUAUGCCAAGGCUGAGAGCCAGUGUGGCAUAACGCUUAGUGUUGGACUUUGACCUGGGAGACAUGGUGACCUUGGGCUAGUCACCAUCUCACAGCCUAACCUACCUCACAGGGUUGUUGAGAAUAUGAAAUGGAGAGGAAGGGAACCACGUACACCACUUUGAGCUCCUUGGAAGAAAAGGUGGUAUAGAAAUGUAGCAAAUAAAUAAAUGGCUGCACAUGUAGACUUGGAACAGACACACUCAGAUGGUGUAUGCAUAUAUUGGGAACCUUUGAUUGCUGUGAGAAGAGUUGUAUUAUGACAUAACCAUAUUGGCCUUGCAAUUGAGCACUGAAGGUGUGUGUAGUCUCCCAACUCCAAAAUCCAGUUGUGUGCAGUUCCUCUUCCUCAUAGCUCCGAGAAGGGCUUGCAUAGUAGCUGGAAUUUAUUAUGGUGGCUGCCUGCUUUGCACUAAGAGAAUGUGACCAGCUCAUCAACAGUGGGUGGGAUAGACCAGAUUGCUGUCUGGAGACAGUUGCUCCUUAUUUCAAAAGUGCAGGAAGUUGGCAUGGCUCUUCCAUUAACAACAUCUGAAGCAGACAGUGAUCUUGGGUUGCUCUACCUUUCAGAGCUACUAUUAGUAGAUUGGGACCUGCAAACAUUUUUUCUUUUGGUUUUUAAGGGCGGGGGGAUGGAUUUUGCAUUUUAACAGUUGUUCAGAUUAUCCUUGCCUGACAACUUGUACUUAGCCAACAUUUUCUCCCCUAGAGGUCGAGUAACAUGCCCUCUUUUGUGUCUGGUUGCUUAGGAGAAAGCUUUACUAUUUUAAUAAGGCUAAAGGCAAGUUACAGGUUUUAAGUAGAAGGGGCAACUGUUUGGAUCAUGUGGAUUAGCCUUAUAAUAAUUUUAUUAUUUGUACUCUGCUGAUUUGACUGGGUGCCCCAGCUACUCUGGGUGGCUUCCAACAGAUAUAAAAACAUAAUAAAACCCUAACCCUUCUUGUAAUAUAGCCCAACAAACUAAGAAAGCCUUUCAAGUAGAAGCAUGGAUCUUUGUGUUUCUGUAGAUGUAGUAAUGCCUUGUCCCUGGGUGGCUCAGUAAAAAUAACUCUAGGGUGGAAGGAAAGGUGUUGCAAGCCAAAUUGCUUAUUGAUUUAAUAGGUGUCUUGGACUGCCUGCAGAAGGGAGGAGAGCACAUGGCAGUUUCGCUUGCCAUCAGUUUCUUUUGACGGAUGUGUAAUUAGUGUUUUUCCUGGUUUCAUACAUGAAAGUAAUUAUGCACAGGUGCAAAUGCAGUCUUCCAUUCUCCCAGGCAGUUAAAACAGAUGGCGCAGAUCACCUUCAUCAGAACGCUGUAGACUCAACUGUUCAGUGCAAUGUCUUAAAAACUGCAGCCAUGAACCAUGAAGAACCUUGAAAUUUCAUUGUGGAUUUUUCAAAAGAAGAAUAGUAGUGGCAAGCAUGCCGCCGCAUUAGUGUUCCCAGCUUUCCCUUGCAAUGUUUUGCUGCAACAAUUUCUAAGGUAGUGUUCUUAAUCCUUGAGUCCUUGGUUGUUAUUGGAUUACAACUCCCAACAUCCCCUGCUACCUUAGCCAAGCUUGAAGAACACUGUUCUAGGGCAUGCAUAAAUGGCUAGGUCUGAAUGGAGUAUAUCCUGGAGUAUUACUUUUUAAAAUUUCUGUAUUGUAUUUCAUAACUCUCCUCUUACUUUUCAGAGUCAUUGCCUCCAUCAUACACCAAUUGAAAGAGGUGUCCGAUUCUCUCUUUCUUAAAAUAAGUGAUUGUCUCUUAGAGGUUGCUAGCCAGCAUUGCUCAUAUGAGUCCUUUUUGGCAGAUGUUUGCAUAGUGAGGGACAAAAGAAACUGUGAGUGAAACAAUAGGCCUUUGAACAAUAGUCCUCGGAAAUAGCGGAAGUAGUUGCUUGUGUUUUCUCAGUGAAACUUUAUUUUUAUGCACUUAAUCUGUAGGUCAGACUGCAGACAUGACUCUUUAAGGAUGUCUGUAAAUGAAGAGUUUCCUUUUCAUAAUUUCCAGCUUUUUCCUUCACUGCAGUGCUUAAUGCAGUAACAAAUGCUUAGAUAUGUGCAUUCCCCCACUUCAUCAACCCCUGCCCUCCACACAUGCUCACACAAAAAGCUUAGCAUGGCAGGAUCCCUUAUAUACCCAGUGAGGAAAACCUGUGGCUCUUCAGAUGUUGGUGGUCCUUGACCAUUGGCCAUGCUGACUGGGACUGGUGGGAGUUGUAGUCCGAAACAUCUGGAAGGUCACAGCUUCCCCAUCUUUCUCUUUGGCAGACGUUUAUGAGUUCUUGCUAUUUGUCAGCUGUACUAUGAUACUUGCACCCCACUUUUCUCCCUCUAAACCAGGCUUCCUCAACCUUGGCCCUCCAGAUGUUUUUGGCCUACAACUCCCAUGAUCCCUAGCUAGCAGGACCAUUGGCCAGGGAUGAUGGGAAUUGUAGUCUCAAAACAUCUGGAGGGCCGAGGUUGUGGAAGCCUGCUCUAAACAAUUGGUGGUUAACAUAAGAUCACCCCAACUUUAUUCUUGCAGCUGAGGAAGUGACAUACACAGGCCUACCCAAUGAGCUGCAUGGAUGGACAUGUGUUCAAAUUCCCCAUUCUUCCAUGUCCAAUAUCUUAUUUUUAUUAGAAUGGUGUUAUCUUUCCUUUUCCAUUCCAAAGCACUUUGAAGGUGGUUACAGCAUCAAUAAAGCAAUACAGUAAACAUCCAAAAUUACACAUGGCUACAUAGCAAACCAUUUAAUUAUCUAAGCUAAAGGCCCAGAUAAACAAUUUGUCUAUUGGUUGAUGAAGCACUAUCAAAGAAAGUUCAAUUGCGUUAGGGCGUUCUCAAAUCCAGGUGCCAUAAUGAAGAGUUCUCUCCUGCAUACCCAUCAGCUGCACUUCUGCUAGUGGUGAGAUAGAGCAAACUACCCCUCUUUUCAUUUUCCUCCAUCUGAGUAGACAAGUAGAAUCCUGCAGCUGAAGAUAAUGUGUUCCCUAGUUAAGAACCCAUGAAGCUGGUGCAUCAGCAGACAAUUGCAGGAUCAUAAAUUUUUUGAUUAUAACCAAAUUUUCAUUACUUCUAAUGAUCCUCAGCAUCACUGGCAUGCAAGAUAAUAAUAAUAUAUUUCUAGUGGGAAGUUGAUUCCCAUCCCCACCCCCCACAAAAACAUAUUUUCCCUGGUAUUCCCCUGUGGCUUGAUCUGCUCAGCUGACUUGUGAAUUUGUAACUGCCCUGUGAGUCCUCUUCAAUUGUUUUUCUUUCAAGCAUUUCAUGGUGUUCCAUUUUGGCUUGCCUAGAUAGACCUGUGGAGAAAGGAGCUGUCUUCUUACCACUGGGUUUUACUACAUAGCCUUCAUAAUCUUAGUAUAAGCGCCUCACAGGGCAAAGAAUGCAAGCCUUCAUUUAAAAUAACUGUAGCUUCAAGCAAGCUAUACUGUGUAAGACUACAAGUCUUGGGCAAUCACUCUACGUUGCUUUCUAGUUGAGGUUCAGUCAGGUAUAUAAUCGCCUUUCCAAAAGCCACAAGGGCUAGAAUCUGUUAACUUUUGGGGAGCCAAGCAAACUUUUGAAGGAUCAAGAUUGUGAAAUAGUUGUACCUUGGUUCUCGAACGCUUUGGUAUUUGGACGUUUUGGCUCCCGAACACCGCAAACCCGGCAGCUUCCAAUUGAGUGCAGAAAGCUCCUGCAGGCAAUCAGAAGUCAUGUCUUGGUUUUCGAACUGUUUCGAGAGUCGAACGGACUCCCAGAACAGAUUAAGUUCGACAACCAAGGUGCGACUGUAAACUCAGUAGGGCAAAAUAAUGUGUCUGGGCACGCAACACAUAAGUGUGUCACUAAUGUGACUGACAAGCUGGUGCUUUGAAAACACGUCCUUUAAGUGCAUCUCUUAAAAGAGCAAAGGUUGACUGCAACUUCCUACUGAAUGUAUGCUUGGAAGCAAGCCCAUGCUGGUUAUUGUAUAACUUGUGGAAUGGCCCCCCAAUAGUGAAGAAGUCACAAUAUGGGCACGUUAACUAGUGGUAUUUUAUUUUUAUUCUUUUUAUUUUUUUUGAAGAAAAGUUUAUUGAAGUUUUCACAAUACAAUAAAAGAAACAAACUAACCUACAGGAAAUAUAGAAAAGAAAGAAACGAAAGAAAGAAGGAACAGAUAAAGAAACUACAAGAUCCUCCCUCAUCACUGUAUCUUAACUUUCAUCCUCUACAGAGGAAGGUGUGCCCUCCUAGCUCUACCUGGGCUCAUUUUACUCUUAUGCAGUGGUAUUUUGGUAAGUAAAGGGUCAAAACAGCAAGUAGCAUUUUAGGAUAAUUAACAGGGUAAGAGUAGCAAUGGAGGGAGAGCUUUGCUGUUCUUUCCUCUACUGUAGUUCCGAGGGAAGCCCUCCUCUGAAGCUGGAAUGGGGAGGAAAUCCUGCCACCCAUUGGUGCCAAUACAGGGAUGCAUAUGUCUAUUUCAGCCCUAAUCAUGUCUACUUUGACCCUAAUUCAACAUGAGCUGAACUCCUUACUGGAAUUAUUUCAGUCAGCUUUCAUAUCCAAAUUAGGAUUGUUUCUGUCUGGUUUAUAUAAUAUAGGAUUAUCUAUCCUUAUUAUCCUAUCCUUAUUUAGCACCUGACAUUCCAAGAGAAGGCUGUCAUAUCACAUUGACUAAGCAAUACCUUCUUAAUAAUGGAGUAUCAUGGUUGCUUAAAUGUUGUGGAGCCCUAAAACUCAUUAGAAUGGAAAGGUGUGACUAGUAGUGGCUUUCCACCACACCCAAGGAUGGAACUCCUGAAGACACCCAUUUUCAGUUUGGUUGGAACUGCCCUAUGAAUCUGACUCUAGAAGAGCGGCCCUUGUAGAUAUAUCCUACUAGAUAAUAGCUUCUUUGGGUGGCAGAACUAAAAACAACAUUAAAGGAUAGUAAACUUUUUGAAUGUACAUUGUCAAAUGUUGAAAUCAAACUGCACAAAAGCAAAAUUUAGCCGGUGUUUGAAACUCUCAUUGUCCUAGGCACACUUUGCGACAGGGAAUUUCAUUAGCGUGAGCAGUUUCUGAGCUCAAAAACAGCUCACAUUAGUGAAAUUCCCUGUUGCAAAAUGCGCCUAGAACAAUGGGAUCUUUGAACGCUGGUUGUGUGUACCAGGCUGUCACAGGAAGCGGUGUAGGAGUUCAGACACCUAUUUUGAGGAGAGGAAGGCGAACAUAUUGUCUCUUAAGAAAUUAAUGAUGUGAGGUCGCAUCUUUUGACACUGCUGUGUAAAGAAGCUGUAACCUGAAUAAAGUGAAAGCUUGUGGUUUGUAGAACAUGGUAUGGAAGUGUACAUUGUGUUCCUCUGUGGAACAUCUACUUGGACUUCUUGUUCAGAACAACAGCAUGUAUUUAUUAGCAAGCUCCUGGCCUAUUGUUUAUCUUUGAAUGCACCUCUGUAUUUUUCUAUGAAAAAUGAUGAUCGUGUUAGGGUUGGCAGGAGGCUCCCACUUUGGAUGAAAUGAGUGCCUCUAUAGACUCAGGCAGGCUUGAUCAUGUUUACGGCAGCCUAAUAUAACUCUUUAUAUCUGGUCUUAGGUUAUAGGUAAAGGUAAAGAGACCCCUGACCAUUAGGUCCAGUCGUGGCCGACUCUGGGGUUGCGGCGCUCAUCUCGCUUUAUUGGCCGAGGGAGCCAGUGUACAGCUUCCGGGUCAUGUGGCCAGCAUGACUAAGCCACUUCUGGCGAACCAGAGCAGCACACGGAAACGCCGUUUACCUUCCCGCCAGAGCGGUACCUAUUUAUCUACUUGCACUUUGAUGUGCUUUCGAACUGCUAGGUUGGCAGGAGCAGGGACCGAGCAACAGGAGCUCACCCCGUUGUGGGGAUUCGAACCGCUGACCUUCUGAUCGGCAAGUCCUAGGCUCUGUGGUUUAACCCACGGCGCCACCCACACUUAGGUUAUAAUAGCCUUUAAAGUCAAGAUCUUAAUGCCAGUGCUGCAAUACUAUGCAAUAAUUGACCUUGGGAGUAUUAAGUGAUGUGCUUCAUGAAAUACUGAAUUAUAUACAGUGGAACCUCGGUUGUUGGAACACUUCGGAAGUCGAACAAUUCAGAACCCGAACACUGACAAUCCAGAAGUGAAUGCUUCCAUUUCUGAACAUGCCUUGAAAGCCGAACGGCUUCCUAGGCACGUUUCUCCAUUUAUUUAUUUUUUAAAAUGUCAAUCAGCAAUUGUGCCUUGGUUGUCAAACGUUUUGGAAGUCAAACGGUCUUCAGGAAUGGAUUGCGUUCGACAACUGAGGUUCCACUUUAGUAAAAAAAAAAAAUCAGGCAGGUGCAGGGAUGGCUGCUUUUGUAAUUAAAAUACAAGUGAUCCCAAGCAAACGGAAACCAGUAUCAAACUCUCAUUGAAAAACAUCCUUGGUUAAUCAAAAUUUUAGGAUGGAAAGAGUUGGUAUAUCGUAAGAGUUGUUUAAAAAUAGUCAUGUAUUGUGAACAAAUCACUGGGGGAUUUAUUUGACAAUAGGAGUUUUUAUUAUUGUCCUGUAGGGUCAAAGGACUUUGUAGAAGUUCCUAUUGGACUUCCCUCUUCCCACUGCCAUCUGGGUAUCUUUAUCAGUGGAUUGUGUGCCAAGAGCUCUGCAUGACUUCAUCAAAGCAUUGGAACUGAUAAAGCAGCAAAAUUAUACCAUAAAACUAGCAAAAGUAAUUUUCCUGUCUUCUAAUUCACUCUUUUCUCUCACAUCACCUUAUCUCACUAAAAUUAAAUUAUGUAGGUAAGUGACAUCAGUGGCAGACUCCUGUAAAAGAAAAAGAAAGGUGUUUUAGUUUUACUUAAUUAUUUUUGGGAAGUGACAUAUUCUUAAGCCUUAUCAGGGCUCAAAGAGUUUCAUGAAGGUCACUCAGCUGCUAAUGAGUCUUGCAUCUUCUUCACCUGGCACAUGAUCUCAGUUCAACUGAAGCCUUUUGUUCCUCAUGUUCCACGAAGGGGUCAAGGUAGACAUGGGAUUUUCUGCCCUUAAAGCUUAUAGCAGGCUUCCUCAACCUUGGCCCGCCAGAUGUUUUGAGACUACAAUUCCCAUCAUCCCUGACGACUGGUCCUGCUAGCCUAGGGAUCAUGGGAGUUGUAGGCCAAAAACAUCUGGAGGGCUGAGGUUGAGGAAGCCUGGCUUAUAGCAUCCAAGCCUGCUUAAACCAUGAGCCACAGUCUUAUAAUGACCAAAGUCUGCUUCUGUUCCACAGCUUCUGGCAUGAUCUCUUUAGUCAUGCACACAGAUUCACACCCUGAAAUGAGCUAAUAACAUACUCUGAGUGGCGGUAGCUGUCCAGGAUUUAGGGCAGAAGUUUUCCCAUCCCUUGCUACCUGAUACUUUCAAUUCCUAUGUUGAGUGUCUGGAGCACACGCUUGCUGAUGAAAAUAAAUCAAGCCAUAAAAUCUAAUUACUCCGCUAUCUAUAUAAAAGUGCUCACAUUUUAUGGUCAGUUUUAAGGUUAUAUAUAUUCUGGGAAUAAGUUUCAAGCAAACGUUAAGCUUGCAGUAUGUAUUAAAGGGAAGUUAUGAUUGGGAAGUUGCAGAGGGAAGCAAGAGUCAAUUUUCAUUUUGAAUCCAAUAUAAACACCAUGAUGCAAUAUCUCCUUUAAAAAAAAAACAUAGAUUGAAGAUUAUCUUUGGAAAAGCAGAAUCAGAGCAAAAUUUCCAAAGGUAAAGAGGCUUGCCAAAGGUGAAAAAGGAGAAGGAAAUAUGAAUGUGCUAGUUUUAGACAAGGAUUUAUUGAAAGAUUGAAUCAUAGAAUUGUAGAGUUGGAAGGGACCCUGAGGGUCAUCUGGUCCUCAGGGGGCUGAUCCUGUCUGAUUGAGGCAGAGGCUUGACAAAUCAUGGUUUACAAAAUGGGAAGGGUCCUGAAGAAUUUAUAUUCCUCAUCCCAUGUUACCUAUCCUUUGGACCAGAUUCCCCCCCUUCCCCCAGUAGCUGUGACUUCACAUGAGAUGUAUACAGACAUAAAUCUCAGUUCCCUUAUAAAUCUGAAAUUGAUGGGUUGGCAAACCAGGUUUUGUCCUAAAAUAUGACAAAUAUGGUUUAGGCCAAGAUUGGAAUAGAUAAUCCCUUUGGAGGAUGGAGGGCACACAGUCUCAAAGCUUGCUUCCAUCUUUCAAAUUAUGGAUUGUAGGGAGCUGUUGCCAUAUCUUCAUCCAGCCACACUGGGUGUCAGAGACGCAGUUGAAAUGGCAUCUCUCAGACAGCUGAGAAUAUGUGGUGCCAGCAUGAAGCAUCUCCAUGUAUUGCAAUAAAAUAUGGUGAUUGACUUUGCUUCAGGGCUUGGCAACUUUUUUUAUGGCCAGUGGGCACACUUGGCAUUUUGGUAGAUUGUUGUGGGUGCCAGUCACGAAACAACUGCUGAGGGGCAUGACAUAAUACAUGCAUACCUUGAAUAAAACAAUUAAAUCUUUUGAAACACUGUAGUUUCAUUCCCCGCAACAUUAUUUUCACAUGGUGCUUUGAAGCCUCUUGCUGACUCCUUUCUCUGUCAGCUUAACUAUGAAGGUUGGUUCUGCCACGUUGUUAUUCUGCAUUCCUUAGUCACCGCAACAAGGGUGGAUUGAUUCCAAGUUUUCCCUCUAUUGCACUGCCAGGGAGGGGUGGUAAGUUGUUCCUUGUGUUAUUUAGGGGAGGUAGGGACUUUCCUGUCCGUAGGUGGUUCUUAUAUAGUAAAGAAGGGUGGUUGUAUGUGUUUGUAGUUUAUGUGGAUACCUGAACACUGAUCUUUUCCAUUUCUUCAGUGAAAGGAAGCAAGCCUGGCCCAUGUUCUUGAGCACCCUCUUCAUUGCAUGCCUGGGCUGGGGAGUUCCUGCAGUUCUUUGAGUAAACCAUUGUCCUCACCUGGGUAUGUGAGCUAAGAUUUGGAGUGGUAGCUUGGAAAAUCCUCUGCAUGAGUUUCAUGUUCCUCAUGAUGCUCAGUUGCUGUUGUUGUUUAGUCGUUUAGUCGUGUCCAACUCUUCGUGACCCCAUGGACCAGAGCACGCCAGGCACUUCUGUCUUCCACUGCCUCCCGCAGCUUGGUCAAACUCAUGCUGGUAGCUUCGAGAACACUGUCCAACCAUCUCGUCCUCUGUCGUCCCCUUCUCCUUGUGUGCUCCAUCUUUCCCAACAUCAGGGUCUUUUCCAGGGAGUCUUCUCUUCUCAUGAGGUGGCCAAAGUAUUGGAAACUCAGCUUCACCUUCAGUACAUAACUGAUAAAGCAGAAGUUCUCCUGGGGUGAGGGGAAUGCCUGUACAAAAUAAGAUUCUGAAUAAAAACUACAUGUGGAACAAUCACCAGAAUGGAAUAAGUCUUCCCUUUAGUUAGUCAUAUUCUGUCUCUUCCAUCCUUCCUUCUUGCCCCCCACUUCUGCUUUUUGAAACUUCCUGCUUUUACUUUAAUGUGACUACAGUGACAAAGGUGUUGAUAUUUCUUCAGUAUCUGGGCCAGGAACUAAAGAUGCUUUGUGAAACUGCUUCCAGGCUGGCUUCCUUUUUUGUACGUGUUUUCACAAUUUAACUUUCUUCCUCCUUAGCUUUUAAAAACUGGCAUGUGGUAAAACUCCACUGAUCUAAUUCUAGCAAAGGAGUUGCGACCAUCUUAGUGUAGCAAACGGAACCAGCUGUUUUGAGACACUUUGAAGAAGAACUAACAAAUAGCUUUCAGAAUAAGGUUUGUUUCUUUGUUUUGCUAGUACCUGUGAGAGCUUGUGCCACAACAUUUGCCUUUAGGGUGCCCUGGAACUAUGUGUCACUUGAUCCAAUUUUGUUGCUGUGAUGCAGAACGGACACAAAUAAAGCAACCUUGCAAAGGUCUACCUAGUUAAUACCCUGCUAUAAUGAUGAUGAUUAUCUGGUUGCCUCCAGGCUCUGAAAUGUAACCUCCCCUUUAUCUUACACUAAUACUGUAGGCCAUUAACAGGUAAAGAUGCAUCUAUAUGUAUUGCAUUUUAUGUAGGUAACUUACCUUAGGACCAAUGAAUGAAAGGCAGUGAACAAGCUUUCUUGGUAGAUCCACAUUUGACGAGUCUUGUGUAUAAGGAUCUUUGGACCUUUGUAAUAGUGUGUCUUGACCGACUUUCCCCGUAACUCUCGCUCACACAUGUCUUUUCCCAAACAAAGUAUUGUUAUGGGUUUGUGGGUGCCCUGACCCCCUCUUGGUUCCCAGGGGCUAGGGUUCGAUCAAUUCUUUGAGAAUUAUGAUGAGCUGACAGAUAUUUGAUUCAGCAGUGUAAAAAUGCUGAAUCAACUCUAAACAUGCUUCCUAGGGAGUAGUCCUAUUGAACACAGUUGAGACUUCUGAAUUAAUAUGCAUAGGAUUGCUGUUUAGCUUUGCCACUGUACAUACUCCUGCCCUUCUUGAUGUUAAAAAACUUUGAUUACAUAUUUUUAAAAGUAAUACUUUGUUUAAAACUGAGAUUUAAGAAGGCUUGGCUUGUUGAUAUGGGCUUGUAAGCUGCAGGAGGAUAUCCUGUGACUUCCCUGAUUCUUUUUACAAGGAGACAAUAAUAUAGACAGGAUGUGCCCUGUUGCCCUCUACCGUGUCUUGUUUGGGACUAGUGUGAAUUCUUAAAGUUUUUCUCCAUGAUCAGAAAACUGUACUAGUUACAUUUUGUCCAUAGAGUGAUAUUCCUUUACGCUUGGUUCCAGCACCAGCCCCUAAAUUGCAGUAUGUGAGAAUAAUAUCCUAUUUUGCUCUGGCUUUUGAAAAAAAGCAAGGGAUGAAAGUUCCAACAUUAGCUAUGCUCCACAGAGGGAUAAUAUAGCCACCAAGGGAAUGAAAUUCAAUAGAUGAACAAAAUGGAGUGUUACAUUCUGCAACCUAGGUUUGUUCUUUGCUUACCAAGAAAUCAAUCUGCAUUGCUUGAUUCAGUUUAAAACCUUGUCUUGAGCAGGGCUCUGGACUCCUGCCUCAGAAGUCCUGCCAUUGCAGCACCACUGCUGUUCUGCACAGUAAGCCUGCAACUUGCGCACAAUUAACUUGUGUGUAAUCAGCUUUACAUGCCUGGCAAAUAAACAAAUAAACAAAUAGGCAGAAAGGGGGUGAGCAUCCACGAAAAAAGACUUUGGCAACCCCACCUGCCAUUGAACCCAAUGUGUUUUGACUAUACAGGAUUUUGGCUUUAGGUGUAACCGCUGCGUUAAGGGGCUGACUUACUGUACUGAAUAACUUCUCUGAGUAUCUAGUACGGUUUAGUUUUGCUCAUGUGAACAUAGCCUAGAACUAAAAACAGUAGGAGCCUCAAAGGUGAGCCACUUCUUCAGCACUGUUACUGUUUGUAGCCUUUCUUGAAACAUAUAUGGACUCCCACCUGAGUAGUCCAAAUGCACAAAGCUUCAGAUCGCAUCUUUUGCUUUGACUGGAAGAAGGUUUUAGUUUAUGCAACAGCUCCAUCUACUGUCAUACUCCCAUCCCAAUCUUCUUUGCUGAGUUUGUUUACGUGAGUCUGUUUCUACUGUGAUAGGUUCUGCAUGUCUGAAUAGCACAUGAGCCAGUUGGUGUAGUGGUUACGGUGUCAGACUAGGACCAGGGAGACCAGGAUUCAAAUCCCCACUCAGCCAUGAAGUUCACUGGGUAACCUAGGGCCAGUCACACUCUGCCUAACCUACCUCACAGGGUUAUUUUCGGGAUAAAAUGAGAAGGAGAGCUAUGUCUGCCACCUUGAGCUCCUUGUGGGGGAAAGGUGCGGUAUGAAAUGCAAUAAAUAAAUAGCUUGUGAAUCUCAUUACUCGGAGAGUUGCAGAUAGAAUGGUCUAAAAUUAGGAAAUUCCUUAUUGAUGAGUUUUACCUGCUUUCCAUAUCAUGAGCUCCCUUCUGUCUGUUGCUGCAGAUCGACCACUUUGGUUUUUCUGAAGAUGGCACAUUCAGGCAACGCUACCUCAUUGCAGACCAGCACUGGAAGAGAAAUAUCGGAUCGAUGCUCUUCUAUACUGGCAAUGAAGGAGAUAUCACCUGGUUUGCCAAUAAUACGGUAAGGGAGAUUCUGGGAUUCUAGGUAGGAACUCUCUUGCCAUUUAUUAUCUGUACAGCUCUUAGAAGAGGGUUGGCAUUCUGAUUUCUUACAUAUAUUUCAGCAUUGCAGAAUAAUAAUGGAAAUGACUGGAUAAUCCCAGGAGCCAAAAAUAUUACAUUUGUAUUAUUUAAAGAACUUUGUUCUAGAUGACUUGGAAGUGGUGACAAAUCUUGCUGCUGCAAAAAUAUAUAAAGCAAAAAACAGGGGGGAAAAUACUGCUCUAUCAGUUUCAGAAUGGUAGAACAGAAAAUGUCUAACAGAACAAUCCUAACUAUAGGAAGCUGAGAAAAGUUGCUUGAAAUAUACGAGCGUAAAUUUUGCUUAUAUCACCCUUUUUGCCAGCAUAUGCUCACACUGGUUGCCAGGUCAUGUGACUGAUCUGAAUGGAGUUAGGCUCCAUUGCAAGGCACCCUGCCCAGUUCUGCCCACCCCACUGGAAUGUCCAUUUUUUCCAGGGCUUAUGCCAACAUAAUGUCCCCUGGUCUCAGCUCAGGCAGAGCUUACCCUGGCUGAUCUGGGACAAGGGAGUUAGGCUGGUAUUUUUCCAGCUGAGCUGGGAUGUGGUACUUUUGCCAGCAUAGCCUUGGUGUGCUGGGAAUUAACUAACUGAGCCAGAAAUCCACUGGAUCCCAACUUGCUUGUCCUGACUGCUCUUGAGCUUUCUUUGCUCCCUAAAUUAACAUUACAGAAGAGUAAUCAGUAAUAUGAACUUAAUUUGAGACUAACAACCUACUACCUGGUAUUGCUCAUGAAUUCUGAGAAUAUGCCCCCCUCCCCCCCAAAACCCCCAGUGCUUAAAUUCAGGACAGUUUUCAAAGGCUCAGUUUUCAUGUUGAUUCAAAAGGGCAUCUGAGUGUAUCCAAACAUAGGCGGAAGCUUGGUCCUUGAUCUCAGGAACCAUUAUGCAAAAUUUGGGUAUCAUAUCUUAAGAGAUUUCCAAAUGCAUAGUGAACGAACAGCUUUACAAAAUAUAUAGUAGAUUAAUUGGAAUGAUAAAUUUCAGAAUAUACAACCUUACAACUCUUUUGCUUUAUAGUAAUUAUAUAUGCAUAGGAUGUUCUAUAACUCAAACUUAUGUUUAAAUGGUUUCGUGGUUGGCAGUUUGUAAAUAGACAACAUUAAUUCUGCUGGGUUUUUCUCUUUACUUCCUUCCAGGGUCUUAUGUGGAACAUAGCGGAAGAGCUUGAUGCCAUAUUGGUAUUUGCUGAACACCGAUACUAUGGAGAGUCUCUGCCCUUUGGAAACAAAUCAUUCAGUGUAAGUAACCCCUUGCAUUCAGGUUAGUCAUUGGUUCAAUAGAGAAUUUAGAAUUUUAGAGGACAACUAGAAUGGGAGAUACGGGUGCGGUAAUAGAAAAAACCAUAAGCAAUUUAUAUGUAAAUAAGAGAGCUCUGGAGCAAUUGCAAAAUGGAAAUUUGAGGUAUAGGGAUGAGUUGUUUCAGCAAGGGGUAGCCAGUUAAAUACAGCUAAAACUCAGUGUCUUCCCUCAUAGUCCUUCUACACUGGAGGUGACACAGUCUUGCCAUGUGACAUUUGCAAGGGUUCCUUUGGUAAAAGUAGACAGGGUUUCACCCACUGUCAUAGCUUUACCCUACUAUGGCAUAAUCCCUCCCACAACACACAACUUCGCGGUGCAGUUGUAUCACAUGUUCAUAUAGGUGGAGCUUGUGCUAUCCAAAGUGGGUGGGAACAUCCCAGACACAGUCCUGUUCCUUUGCAGUAGAAACCAUGUGGGCUACUGUGCAGUGAGUAGUCAAGUCUGCUGCCAUGUGUGGAUUCUUCUGUACCUUUUUGCUGAACUCCCACAUCAUUGUUUCCGGUGCUCUCUCCGUUGAGCCAUGUGAGAAAUGAAUAGCAUUUUCACCUCCUGCAUUGGGGUAGCAAAGACUAAGAGUCAGUUUUCUGUUGCUAAAUGCAAAUGUCAUGCAAUCUUGUUUCAGGAUGCCAAGCAUCUGAAUUACCUGUCUUCAGAGCAAGCUUUGGCUGAUUUUGCAGUGCUCAUUCAACACCUGAAGCAUACUAUCCCUGGGACCCAGGACACUCCUGUCAUUGCCAUAGGGGGAUCUUACGGAGGGAUGCUUGCUGCAUGGUUUCGAAUGAAAUAUCCUCAUAUAGUAAUUGGGUGAGUGCUGUACCAAAAGAGUAUCAGAAAAUGAUCUUGUCUGAUAGAAAAUUCUGCAUAUUUCACAGAGAACUAAUUGGAUUUAAAUAUCCAAUAUUCAAACACAAACACACACACACACACACACACACACACACACAGCAGAUUUGUCUGUUUGUGUGUCUUUAGAUGUGUUCAUCUCAUGGUUAAGGGUGUGUGUGUGUGAGAUUGCGUGCGCGCGCGCACACACACACACACAAACACAAACUCCUUUAUUACCAGAGCAAACUACUUCAGUUUUGGGGGACCAGCAGUUUACAGUGGGCACAGACUCUUAUCUAAGAAGGGCUAGCUCCAGGGAAUGUUAGGCAGGUUGGAGUGGGUCUGGAUGAGAUGGGGCAUGGCACCUGAAUUCUCUUGUACUGACUCUGACCAGCUGUUCUUGGUGCUUCAGGAAAUUUCCACCUUUAGGAACCAACCCUGUGUUGAAGGCAUCAGAAGUAUUUGUUGGUGUUUCUGCAUCUGCAAUAACACCCAUUAACUAUAUUCAUCAGAUGGCAUGCACAUCACAACUUAAGACACAUUUUAAUUUUGUCUCGUGACCUUUCUUCACUACCCUUUCUCCUUUUUUAAAAACAGUGCUGUUGCCACUGUCAAGUCCUCACUUUUAAGAUUGGCACAAUCAAGUCAUGGGUUGCAACCCCCAUGUUGAAGAACAACAAAGCAACAGCUCUGUGAGGAAGGCUAUUAACUGAAGGGGGAAAGCUUACGAAAAACGAGCCAAGAUUGAAUGGCUUUGGGGGAUGAUUCAGUUGGCUCACUGCUAGGUUUGGAUCCAUGGCAAAAGCUCUUGUUGCCACAAGUUCUCAGUUAGAUCUCCUUAUUCAUUAAUCUCCUCUUUUUUCCCCUUGGCUCACAGAGCUCUUGCGGCUUCAGCCCCCAUCUGGCAGUUCGACAACCUGGUUCCCUGUGGCAGCUUUUAUCGUAUCGUAACCGAAGAUUUCAAAAAGAGUGGGAACUGUUGCUCCGAAAGCAUCAGGAACUCCUGGGCAGCCAUUGACCGUCUUGCUUCCACAGGUAGGCAGCUCAUGAAGAGACUCGUCUAGAGCCUUCUCUAGGCCUUCGAUCUCUGCUAUGAUGUGCUCCUAGCAGUUCUAUAAAGCCUGCCUGCCUUGGGGGUGGGGCUGCCCCUGUGGGGCCAACACCAAAGGGGGUCAUCCCUUUGGAGGCAGCACUUUGGUGGUGGAAUGAGGGCGUGGACCAGCCUCCUUGUUGUAAGAUUAAUGUUCUUAAGGGGUUUGCAGCAUUAAGUGUGUGUUUUUAUUAGUUUGGAGAAAUUAGUAUUGUUUUAUGUUUUAUGUAUUUCAUGCUUUUUUUUAUAUUGCAACUUUAGUUUGGGAACCACCCUGAGACCUAUGGGUGUCGGGUGGUAUACAGAUUUAAUAAACAACAUCCAGGCUACCACUUCAUUCACUCUCCAGAGAUUGCACUUUCCUUUAUUCCCUUCCUUCGCACAUACCUCACACAUUAUAAUGACCAGGUACUUUCUUCCCAGCUUGGCUUUAAGAAGCACAAAUGCUGGGAUUGGUGGGAGUUGUCAUCCGUAGCCAAUUGGGGCACAAGCAGUAUCCAGUAGAUGCUCAUGAUGCUGCCCAAAUACAUUUCACACACAUAUUUUUUGCUUGUGUAAUCCCUGCUGGAAGUGGCCAUAGGAUCUCACUCAGGGCUCUCCCGAGAUGUUAAGAGCCUCCUUUCUGCACUCUUUGUACUGACAGUGGGGAGGAGCCAUAUCUAGGUGUUCAGAGGCUCCUCUAUCUAGCACUCAUAGCUCACCUCACUAACCCUAAUCGAUGCCCACCCAGGUUUUCUGCCUGGGUGAAAUGUGGCCUUGAACCCGGGUAAUGCCUCUUGCUUCCCUGAAGAGGGUUGUGUUGUGUGACUUUUGUAUGGCUUGAAUGUAACCUCCUGGAAAGAGUUGCAUUUGUUCCUCUGCCCACUUUCUGUCUCUGGCCUCACCCACCAAUAUUAGUGCAGCCCCCAGGAAGUUGGCAGUGAGGAAAUUUGCCCCUUGAGCUAAAAAAAGGUUUCCCACUCAGUAUAGAAGUUCAGUUGCCAACAUCUCCAGUUUUUUAAAAAAGACUCCUGGAUCGGAGAACUUGAAAAAGACCCCAAGAAGAGCCACUGCCCAGAGAGGAGAAAAAACUGGACUAGAGGAAGCAAUGGUUUGACUUGGCAUAAGGCAGCUUAAUAUGUGUUAACUGAAUCUCUGUAUAUUUUUCUUUCCAGAGGAAGGCUUGCAUUGGCUUUCGUGUACAUUUCGCCUGUGUAGCCCACUGAAAACUGUGACAGAUGCUGCUGCUUUCAAAGGAUGGCUAAGUGAGACUUGGGUUAAUUUGGCAAUGGUUGACUACCCAUAUAAGGCUGACUUCUUGCAACCUCUCCCUGCCUGGCCUAUUAAGGUAACUGAACAAAGGCAUCUUUUCAUUUGCUCCCCAUCCCCUCUUUUAGCCAACACUUUUUAAAGACUCUAGGAGGUCAAACAUGAAUAAACAGCAGUGACGCAAGAUGCCCAAGGAUUCCGUAAUAAGAGAAUUCUAAGCAUAAUUUGGUUGAUCGCACAACCUCCAGAUGAUUUUCCUUUAUUGAUGAGGUUGUAGUUCAAUAAUAACUGAACACUAAAUGGAUUUUUAUUCUGCCUCUUGGCUCCACAGUGGUACUCCCAAGGUAGCAAAUAAUUUCAGUUAAAAAAUCAGUGUGCAAAAGCAGCCAGCACAUUAGGCAUCAGACAUAAAUUGUGGCUUUCAGCAUUGUGAGUUGUUUCUAAACAAUUGAUUUUAAUUGAUGCCUGAAGAUAGAGGAGAUGAAUAUUUUUUAAUAAGGGGGUUAGCAGAAUUUCUAGUGCCAAGAUGUGAUGCAACCUAAGCAGGGAGAGGGGAGCACCCCUGCCCAAACACACACACCACAGAAGAGCAAAAGGAGUGAGCUACAAGCUAGUAGUUGAAAGCAGUAGCUUUAUUGUAGGGGACGUGUAUUCUUAAGUGAGCUGGGUUUCCUAUGCUAGAAUAUGGCACAUAGCAGCAAAAGGCUUCCAGAAGGACCUAUGGUCAUAGUUCAGGUACCACUACCAAGAAGGCCCCGCUCUUUGUACCUGCCAAGUCUACCUCCAGUGGAGCAGUGACACAAUUACCUCCCCUAAAGAUCCAAGUGCAUGAACACGUUUUUACGGGCAGAGGUGACUCUUCAGGUACCUAAAAGUCCAGUGAGGACACAGAUUGGUGGGAAGAUGCUGCAAUGGUUACAUCCCAGAGAUUCUUCAAGCCCAGUCUAGGAUUUUGGGACAGUUUAAUGGCCUUUUAUUGGGGGGAGGGAGAUGAGGGAAGAUACGUGGAAAUCCAGGUUUGGUAAAACUUUGAAACCAAGUUUGUUUUGUUUGUUACUGCUUGCUUUAGAGGGUUUUUUUAUGGCUAGAAGCCAUUUAGGGAGGAGGCGGCUUUCUUUGAGAGCCUUUUGACAAGGCACUUCAGUUCCCCAACACCUAAAACCAAGAGAUUUCCUUCUCUUUUGUUGCAAAACAUUUUUUUAAAAGGGAAAAAUGUAUGCAGCCUCUCUGGGUGGCAUAAGCUGUUCCAGUUUCCUCCCUUCCUUUCUUUUCAAAGGGGGGGGGGGGGCUUCAGUGACAAAACUAAUGUGAUUAUCCUGAGUGAGACUUAGAGGUGUAUUGAGAGCUUAGGGGAAAGAAUCCGUUCGAACAGUUGAAUGUAUCUGCUUAAUCCUCCUCUGUAAUGGGGCCCAUGGUCCUCUGGGGGAAGUGCAGGCUUUCCCUCUUUUCCCCAAACCUACCCCCUUUCCCCGCUGCCCUUCAUAAAAGGUUGCCGCCUCUUAAAGCUGCUCUUUAACUUCCGUAUGGCACAUCUGUGCUAGUAAAGGAGUUUUCAGGAAUCCUUGGUCUUCCAGCCGAGAAGCUGCUCAGUAGGCUGGAAAAGGCUAGAAGUCGUCUUAAUAAGUGAUUAACUCCCCCCACCCCUUCACCCUUCGCUCAGUGAACCAGCUCCUGCCAAGAACUGAAUACCGAAGCUGUUGGAACUCUCCCCCUCCUCCCCUCGCACCUUACUAAGCCACCAGAUCAUCAGUGUCUCAAAGUAAUGUAGAACAGAUUGUUACCUUAUCCUCGGCCUGUUUGCAGUAGCAUCCACAGUUAUGCUGCAAAGAAGCCAUCUUAAACUAGAAUGAAUCUUCUUGGAGAGACCAAACAGCUCAGCAGGAGCUGCACCUAACAACAUAAGAGGCUGCUUGAUCCAGUCUAGCAUCCUGCCCUCACAGUGGCCAGCCACACACCUAUGGGAAGCUCGCAAGCAGGAUCUGAGCAUGACAGUUCUCUCCCCAUUUAGAAUUCCCAGGAACCUGUAUUCAGUAACGUACUGCCUUCAACCGUAGAUGAUUUCCCUCUGUGAAAAUCAUUUGGGGUUAGUAAGCUUAAACUCUCAAAGCUGGCUAACCUGUGACUUCCCUAGAUGUUGCUGGACUUUCAACUCCCAUCAGCCCUGGCCAAGGGAUAAUGGGAAAUGAAGUCCAGCAACAUUUUGAGGGCCACAGUUUCCUCACCCCUGCUUUUAUUAAAGUAUAAUGAAGGAAAUCCUCUUGCAGCAGAUCCGUGGUAAUGAUUUUGUUUAUUGGUAGAAUAACAAAUGUUUUGGCCAUGCCAAGAUUCAAAGUUAAUUUGCUGAUCUGUAGUUUAGAGGUUGCUUAUCUGCUAUCACUAACCAGAGUGGACAAACUGAGUCUACAGAAAACGCACCCCCUCCUCUCUGCAGGUUUAGUCUGUUGCUGAUUUCUUUGCACUCUCUCUUAAAAAAAAACUUCCCCUUUUCUGUCUUUCUGUAGGCAGUUUGUAAAUACUUGAGGAAUCCCAAACUGCCAGACAAAUUGCUGCUGCAAAACAUCUUACAGGCAGUAGACGUCUACUAUAACUACACAGGACGUGCUUCAUGCCUUAAUUUAACUCAGACUGCCACAAAAAGCCUUGGGAUUCAGGGCUGGUAUUAUCAGGUAUGUAUGCAGCAUCAUUUGCUCUGUGAAACUGUGGCACAAAGUGGGGCUCUUUGCUUGAGACCCAUAUGUGAAUGCAGAAUGUCCUAUGUUUGAUCUCCGGCAGCUACAAUUUAAAAAAUAUAGGAUCAGGAAGUCACAGGUAAUAGGAAAGAUAAGGUUACAGGCGCAACUGGUCUAACCUGGUAUGAAACACAAUAAAGACCCAUCUACGUUUAAGUCCUUUUACAAUAUGUUCCAUUUAAUCCUGAGUCAUUGGGAAAGGUAUAUCUACUCAUUUCUGUGAUCUAAUUCAUCAUAUUUAAAUGUCUCAAUUGUAAUAUCUUUUAAGUAAACAUCAAUUCUUUUUGUAUUUCCUCUAACCAUUCUGCUUUAUCUUGUCAUAUGCAAUUAAAUUCCAGCUCGGUUUCACUGUCCCAAGUAUCCUUAGCUAUCAUCUCCAUUUUCACAUUUGAGAGUUCAAUUAGCCAUUGUGCUUCUAUACAAAUGGGCAUCUAUUCUCAACAUACAUUCUACGGAUUUAAUGUUCUUCCUAACUGAACGUUCAAAUGUGGAAACGGAAGACAGAUAAAAACUACUCAAUAUUGUGAAACCAAGCUGGAAUUUGAUAGUAUAUCACAAGAUAAAGCACAGUGGUUAGAGAAAAUGCAAAACAUUUUGGAUGUUUUCUUAAAGGAUUUAAAUACCGACCCGGUGUAUGUGUUUACAAAUGCAAUUUCAAGAAGAGUGCCCAUUCCGGAUAUACACUGAGCCUCAGGAGUUUAGAACAAUGAAGCAAUAAAAGCUGAAUAGUCACACUUUUGUAUUGUCCUCAUGUUGUACUGUACUGUAAGAAAUUGAAGUAGAAAACUCGAUUGUUUUAGAAGUGCACUGGCUGCCUUAUUUAUACAGCAAUCUUGAUGUACCUGCCUGUUGCUUUACAGAGGAUCAUAAGUUGGUUCAUUUCCCCCCCUCCUUAAAAAAAGGCAGUCUACUUCUCUAAACUAAUUUCAUUGUUUUCCUCUUCACCCUUCUGCUCUAGGCUUGCACUGAAAUGGUGAUGCCCAUGUGUUCAGAUGGCAUCAACGACAUGUUUGAGCCCGAAAAUUGGGACUUGAAAACCUACUCGGAUGAAUGCUUCAAAACCUGGGGGGUGAGACCUCGUCCUGACUGGAUCCCCACUCUCUAUGGGGGGAAGAACAUCAGUGCUCACAGCAACAUCAUCUUCAGGUGAGGUGUUGGUGUGUCUGUCAAUCAUAAGUGGUGGGCAUGGCUGGAAUGUUAGCUUUGUCACUAGCUGAUGGCGUUUGGUGCUUUUCUGGAGCUGCAUAGAAUUCCUCCCGUGACUGUAUUGUGACUCUCUGUCCGCCAACAGGAGCUACUCUAAUAACAGACAGCUUCUCUUGUCUACAUUUUCCAUUUUAUGCAAGGUAGUAGUACUUGAAUAGUCAGCAAAUGAUGCAAACCUGAUGCCACGCCAGCGGUGGGGAUGAUAACAUAAUUGCAUAUUGGAAUUGCAUGAGUAAGAGAUUUAUGUGGUCAGCCUUGCAUUCAGUUUGCAUAGCUUGCUAAAAGUAGAAAUGACUUUUGUGGGAGCAGGUGUCUUAGAUGUGCAUGCACAGAAGUAAACAGCAGGUGUCAGCUUGAAUUUUUGCUGGAAUCUUACAUUCAUGGCCCACUUUUCAGCCAAGAUUACUUUCCACAACGGCUUGCAAGUAGAAUUGGUGCAAAUAUACAAUAUAAUCAGGGGCAUGUUGGUGUGAUGGGGAGAGACACACACACGUGACCUUCGGGACCCCUGACAGUUGCUUUACAGUUGACACCCUGAUCCAGUUUCCAGGGUGAUAACACAAAACGAGCCUUUCCAUUGACCUGCAGAGAUUGCUGGGAUGGGAUGCAAACCUUUUGUUAAUUAGGAUGUUCCUAACAUGCAGAUAGAUGUUCAUUUCUUUCUCCCCUUUUUCCUUCCAGCAAUGGUGGGCUCGACCCCUGGUCUGGGGGCGGAGUAACACGGAAUAUCACGGACACUCUAGUUGCCAUAGUGAUCCCAGAAGGUGCUCAUCACUUGGACCUGCGCUCCAACAGCCCUUACGAUCCGGACUCGGUGCUGCAAGCCCGUCUUUUGGAAGUUCACUACAUGAGACUUUGGUUGCAGAACUAUCGUCGUAAUGGUUCGAAGUAACUGAAAGAGCUGGUUUUUGUGGUUUCUGCUUUCUCCUGUCAACGCCGAGGGAGGAUCUGCUGGCUGGAUGGCUGGCUUCACACAAGUGUUUUCCCCCUCGUUGUUUCAUGCCUGCUUUCCUCUUUCUCUCCUAGCCAAAGCAUCUUAUUUGUAUAGCAGAUGUCUGGCUGUGCAAAGGAUCUUUUGAGGUGGCAAACCUAAACCUUGCAGUGUAUGGCUCCAGACUGGUGGCUCUUCUUUACUGUUCUUCUGGCACUUCACAAUUUUGACAGUUCAAAUGGCAUUGCCGGUGUUUAGGGCCCCGUCCACUCCACCAGGUCUUAUGGAAGAAAGCUGCUUUAGAGAAAUUUCCCACUGCUCCUGGUUGAGCACUGGAACCCAAACUUGGGAGUGUAGGGUAUCUCUGUGGGGUGGGGGUUGGGGGGGGGGAGAGGCUUUCCUUUCUUGUCCCACAAGCAUCCCUCGUUUGUGGGAAGCUGGCACAUAAGUAACUUAUAAUAUCCACUGGGUUUAAAGCUGUAUUGUGUAAAUUCACAGAUGACAAAUCAGUGGCUAAUAAGGCAUUAUGGCUCAAAGUUCCUGAUCAUGGAAUUUCUAUCUGAUUUCCUGUUGCUGGGGAUCACAGGAAUGACAGAAGGUUGGUGCUUUCAAGAAGCCCCCAAGCAGGGCAUGAAAGCAUCUCAUUGGCUGUGGUUAGAAAACAGGAUGCUGAACUAGAUGGAUCCUUGGCCUGAUGCAGCAAUGCGCUUGUGUUAAGCUAAACGGUUUAUGACAUAGGUGUAAAUUUUUUCAGGGGCGCUGUUGGGCUCAAGGUUCCCCCCCCCGGAAUUCCCCCAGCAGACAGUGCCAGGCAUAUUGAAUGGCUCACCUGAUAGACUCAGUAACAAUAGUCGCUGCUGCAGUACAGGACCGCCCCAUCUCUGUGUUGUACCACAUUUGCCAUGACUCUUUGGGGCUUUGUUCCUAUCUGCCAGUAAUUUUGUUUGUGUGUUUGUUUGCUAAGAAUUUAUACCCUGCCUUAAACAGGGUGGCUUAGGCUGGCUUCACCUUUUCAUUGGACCAUGAACUGCAAGGCCUCAGUCGGGCCCAACAGAUUGCAAAGCUGUUAAGGAAAAAAAGGCCAGAUAAGCUAUGAGCCUCCAUAAUAUUAAACAAAAAUAAAACCUUCAACAUAUUUUACAGGGAUAAUAACUGUUUUGUUGCAGUUGGGCGUGAGUGUGUCUUAGUCACCAUGAAAAACAACAGGAAAGAGUCUGUGGGAUAUGAAUGACUGUUUUUAUUAUGGUAUCAGUUUUUGUAGGCUAAAGCUUAUAUAUGUGUGUGCGUGUGUUACUGAGUUUUAAAUCAUAGCAGAUUUUACAACAAACAAAACUAUAAACAAUCAUGGUUACUUAUUUUAGUCUAACAUGAGUCAUAUACCAUCUUGAGGUUGUUUUGAAGUUAAGAUCUUGUGUUCCUGAGAUUAAUGACCCUGUAAUUGGAUAGGUAAGAAGUUGAGUUGACUGUCUAUCCACCCAGUCUGAUUCUUCAUGUAUGCAUCUGAGGAAGUAGGUGCUGGCCCAUGAAAGCUUAUGCCCUCUUAAAAUAAUUGCAGUUAGUUCAUGGUAUCAGGGGUGAAAAACCCAGUCUGUGGCACUUUGAAGACUAACACAACUACUCUCCUAUUUCUUUAUAUGCCAUUUAGACCAAAAGAAACAACGUCAAACUGCUUAAAAGAGUAGGUAUGAGAGAGACUUUUUGUCCGCUAAUGUGAACCGGCCAGCUUGAGGCAAUAUGACAAAGCCUUAUCCCUCAUCUUAAACUGGCAGAUGUUUUAAAUGAAGGGAUAUUCUGGGGUCUAGAGUGGUUGCAACACUGAUGUUUUCCUUUGAAUUGUGUUCCAUUCACCAUUCUCAACAAUUUUCCAUGCAUGGAUUUGUUAUUAGAAGCAUAAAGCCCAUUCUAUUGCUCCCAAUAUGGACAAGCACACCUGCAACAUUCUGCAGUGGAGACCUGAAUGCGGUGGUGGUAGGGAUCAAACAGAAAAGCCUCACUUUCGUUUUUCUUCCACAUACCUUUCAGCAGUCUGUCGCAGUCUUACUCUCCUGUAAGUGCUGUGAAUCUGGGCCCAUAACCUGUUGUUGGGAUACUGCCAGGGAGAUAAAGUCCAUCAUGGCCCCCAAGCCGUCUGCCGGACGAUCCAUCGACCUCCCGUAGGCACGCAGCGACAUGAGUUUCUAGAAAAUACCUUGUACACAUUCCAGAGCUCAUGCACACUCUGUCAGCAAUUAGCACAGCCAAAAGUUGCAGUCAGGAGAGCAUUAUUUACAAGUUUAUUUAGUGUUGAUCAGAACACAGAAAAACAUGACUGCCUGCUUUUAGUGUCUGCGACACAGAGAGAGAACGAAAGCAAUAGCAAACAUAAACAUCCUGUGAACAGGAAAUACGCAGACUCUGUGACUCACAGCCUGCUCCCUUUUAAGGUGGAACGGAAAUAUCCUAACAUCUACUACUUAUUCCUUAAAAAAAAGCACACCAUCAAUUUUUGUAUUGGUUUUCAGUGUAGCAAGUAACAAUUAAAAAAAGGAACAAAUAAUUCUGCAAUAAAUAAAGAGAAGAACUCUAUACACAGAGAGGGUUCUAAACACAUGCAUAUGCACAAAACAUUAAAAAGGAUAUAGGGAAUCUAGGUACAAUGAGAAAAGAAAAUACAUUGACCCACACAACAAAAGGGAGGUACAGCAGCUUAGGGUUGAGAUAAACAGAUCAGAAAGCCAAGUGGCAGCCUGGAUGAUGUCUCAUACAUUCUGGUUGCAUAGGAUAAAUAAAAAAGGGCCACCGCAUAAUCUCAUAUUUGUUGGAUUUUAUUGCUCUCCUGCCAAGCCGCCUUCAUUGGGUGAGUCGUUCUGGUUGCACCAAAUUAUAAACUUCACUGCACCAUCCUUCCAGAGGUAAUGUAAAAUUAAGUUUCCAGUGGCAAGCUUUUUGCAUCUUGGCAGCUGCAGGAGGGAUUAGAACCAAGUUUGGGAGGCCAAGCAAGAGCUGGACAAGAUGGGCCAUUGGCCUGAUACACCUGGCUCUUCCCAUUUAUUUCAUCAUUAAUUAGAAGGAAUUGUAAAUAAAUAAAUGAAUGAAUGAAUGGAGGAAGCUCUUGCCAACAGCGCUAGUUUGUGCAGAUCCAGAAAUGUGACCCCCUAGAAAUGUGUUAUUCAAGGUGCUAACUGAAGAGGGUGCCAUUGUUUUUCAGAUACCAUCCCAUCUUCUGCAUAAUCGUCUCCCUCUGGUUUCCGUUGCUUCCUCUCUCCCACCCCAGCAGCCCCCAGUUUCCAUUUGCAAAGGGGGAAAAAUAUUUUAGUUCGAUCUCCUGGCUGUGGAAAAAAUAAAGGGCUGUCCUGAAACAUGGAGCUGCAGGAUGGCAAAUCCCUUC